CGUCCAGCUAUUUCGGUCUAUUGGAAGUGAGAGGGGAGGACGGGAGCGAGUUAGCGACACAUCCCACGGGUUUUAUGUUGCUGCUUUUGAGCCGUCAAGUGUCUCUGUCACUCGUCCGGCAAGUCACACCCCGCAGACUGAGUUCUCCGCUGAAGGCCGCCCCGCUGACUCUGAGAUUAAGCGUUAGACUCUGCUCGGUCUCUGCUAAAGCUACCAGCCAACAUUUAGGAGUCACCAUGCCUGAACGGAGGCCCUUCGUACGGCUGCCCACCGACGUCUAUCCCGUCAACUACGGGCUCAGUCUGAAGCCCGACCUCAUCGACUUCACCUUCGAGGGCAAGCUGGAGGCGGCGGUGGAGGUUACACAAGGGACAAACCAGAUAGUGAUGAACUGUGCUGAUAUAGACAUUAUAACUGCAUCUUUUGCACCAGAAGGCGGGGAAGAAAUUAAUGCUACAGGAUUCAACUAUCAGAACGAGGAUGAGAAGGUCACUUUGUCAUUCCCCAGCGCUCUUCAGAAAGGGUCGGGUACGCUAAAGAUUGAUUUUGUUGGAGAGCUAAAUGACAAAAUGAAAGGAUUUUACAGAAGUAAAUAUGCAACUCCUUCAGGAGAAAUCCGCUACGCUGCUGUCACACAGUUUGAGGCUACGGACGCUCGCCGAGCUUUUCCCUGUUGGGACGAGCCAGCUAUCAAAGCCACCUUUGACAUCACCCUCAUUGUCCCCAAGGACCGAGUAGCCUUGUCAAAUAUGAAUGUUAUUGAUCGAAAGCCAUACCCAGAAGACGACAGUUUGGUGGAGGUGAAGUUCGCCACCACACCCAUCAUGUCCACGUAUCUGGUGGCUUUUGUCAUUGGAGAAUAUGAUUUUGUGGAGAGCCAGUCGUCCGACGGUGUGACGGUCCGUGUGUACACGCCGGUGGGGAAAGCAGAGCAAGGGAAAUUUGCACUGGAGGUGGCUACAAAGACCUUACCUUUCUACAAAGACUAUUUCAGUGUUCCUUAUCCAUUGCCUAAAAUUGAUCUAAUAGCUAUUGCUGAUUUUGCUGCUGGUGCCAUGGAAAACUGGGGCCUUGUUACUUACAGGGAGACUGCUCUGCUAAUCGACCCAAAGAACUCGUGUGCAUCCUCGCGUCAGUGGGUGGCCCUGGUGGUGGGCCACGAGUUGGCACACCAGUGGUUUGGGAAUUUGGUUACUAUGGAAUGGUGGACCCAUUUGUGGCUUAAUGAAGGCUUUGCAUCGUGGAUAGAGUACCUGUGUGUGGACCACUGUUUUCCUGAAUAUGACAUCUGGACACAGUUUGUGUCUGCUGACUACACCAGGGCUCUGGAUCUGGAUGCCCUUGAUAACAGUCACCCGAUUGAGGUUAAUGUAGGACACCCCUCAGAAGUGGAUGAAAUCUUUGAUGCCAUAUCGUACAGCAAAGGAGCCUCCGUUAUACGCAUGCUGCACAACUACAUAGGAGAUGAGGAUUUUAGGAAGGGAAUGAAUGCUUACCUUUUAAAGUUUCAGCACAAAAAUGCAUCUACAGAGGACCUCUGGGACUGUCUGGAGCAGGCUAGUGGGAAGCCCAUUGCAGCAGUGAUGAACUCUUGGACCAAACAGAUGGGAUUCCCAAUUAUUGUAGUAGACCAAGAGCAGCAAGGAGAAGAUCGGGUGCUGAAAGUAUCUCAGAGAAAGUUCUGUGCUAGUGGACCACACAACGGGGAGGAUUGCCCUAGCUGGAUGGUCCCCAUAAGCAUCUGCACCAGUGAGGACCCCAGCUGCUCCAAGAUAAAAGUUUUGCUGGACCAGCCUGAAAGCACUGUCACCAUCCCUAACAUUGGACCAGAUAAGUGGGUCAAGAUAAAUCCAGGUACAGUGGGCUUCUACAGGAUCCAGUACAGCUCUGGCAUGCUAGAGAGUCUGUUACCAGGCAUCCGAGACCUCACCCUGCUCCCUGUGGACCGCCUGGGUCUGCAGAACGACCUUUUUUCCCUGUCUCGCGCUGGUAUGAUCAGCACAGUGGAGGUGCUGAGGCUGAUGGAGGCAUUCGUGAACGAGCCUAACUACACUGUGUGGAGCGAUCUGAGCUGUAACCUGGGCGUGCUCUCCUCUCUGCUCUCCUACACCGAAUUUCAUGAGGAGAUCCAGGAGUUCAUCAGAGACCUGUUCACCCCCAUCGGCUCCAAGCUGGGCUGGGACAGCAAAUCUGGUGAAGGUCACUUGGAUGCUCUGCUGCGGGGACUGGUUUUGGGCAAGCUGGGUAAGGCGGGACACAAGGCCACCUUGGACGAGGCUCGGAGGAGAUUUAAGGAGCAUGUGGAAGGCAAGCAGAUCCUCUCUGCAGACCUCAGGAGUCCAGUUUACCUAACAGUUCUGAAGCACGGAGACAGCUCGACGCUGGACACAAUGCUAAAGCUUCAUAAGCAAGCAGACAUGCAGGAAGAAAAGAAUCGCAUAGAGAGAGUUCUUGGAGCAAUCUCCGCUCCUGAGCUCAUCCAGAGAGUGCUAAACUUUGCCCUUUCGGAAGAUGUGCGUCCCCAGGAUACAGUGUCUGUGAUUGGAGGCGUGGCUGGUAGUAGCAAGCAAGGUCGCAAAGCAGCUUGGAAAUUUGUCAGAGACAACUGGGAGGAGCUUCAUAACCGUUACCAGGGUGGAUUCCUCAUAUCACGACUCAUCAAGCUCACUGUUGAUGGGUUUGCAAUUGACAAAAUGGCUGCAGAAGUAAAGAGUUUCUUUGAGAGUCACCACGCGCCAGCGGCUGAGCGUACGGUCCAGCAGUGCUGCGAGAACAUUCUCCUGAACGCAGCGUGGCUCAAGCGGGACGCAGACGACAUCCACAAGUACCUACUGCAGCGCAAGGUGCCCCCAGUCUGACCCCACCCCCACCAGUGACCCUGGCCUCUCCUGACCUACUCACUCACUCACUCAGAUCUCCCAGCAAAUCAUCGCUGCCUCCGCCCCUCCGCCGACCAGAGAGCGAGAGCGUCCAGAAACCAAACGGGCUUUGUUUUUUUUUUGUUUUUUUUCUAUAUCCAGUGACAAACAGAAACGAAGACUACAGCACUGCAGCUCCAUCUUGAGAGUUACCCAAGAGAAAUCAAAAUCGAGACGGAAGAACUAAAACUGUCAGAAGUGUGAUGAUGAUGAUGAGGAAUGCCGUACCCUGUUCUGCCUGCUGGAGUUGAUACACGUGCAAAGAUGUGAAUGGAAAUAGAAAAUAAAUUCCACAUCUGGAAUUUUGUCCUUUCUUUUCUUUUUUCAUUUUUAAAGAUGGUAACGCAUGCAUAUGCUUUUUACAGUUAGCAUUCGUUCAGUACAGCACAGCGAGACAUUUCAGUACGCACGUUCACAGUAGUAGAACUGUGAACUUGUUUUUGCUCUUCCUCUUAUCUCUUUAACAAGAGGCUUGCUUGCAACGUUUGAUAUCAAUGAUUUAAAGUUUCUUUCUUUACUUUUUUUAUUUUAUUUUAAAUGUACGUUUUCUGUGCAAACAGUAAUCUUCUGCCGUGUCAUCCAUGAUGAUGGCUGUAGCCUGAUUUACCUAGAACCACCCUGAGGUGUGGCUUAGCAGAACGGGGUGAAAGGUCAUGGCGACGUGGUUGUAGAAUGGACAUUUAACGGCAACGGCACUGAUCCCCAACGCUACAACGGUUAGAACCGACCGAGCAGCGUAAGCAUGGUACUGUAUGUAUAUUAUAUAAUGCGAGUAUUCUUGCUGAGUCUUUCAGCUGAUUUGAAUCGUCAUACAUUCUUUCCUUCUGUAUGAAAAGCAUCCCCUCUCCUCCACAGCACACUCCCAGUGGCCUGUCCCCCUCAUGCAACUAUAGAAUGGCAAGAUAAGCAGCUGAGAAAGUCAUUUAGGAUAGCCCUGCAUCUGCCACAUAAAAACAGAGUUGUAAAAACAAUGCAUUUUAUAAAGUGUAUAUUCAAUGAUUAUUUUAAUGUUGUGAAAAUGGCAUCUGAAGUAGAACGAACGAACAUACUUGGAACGGGGCCCUUGGAAUAUAUCAGCUCAGUUUAGUCCAAGACAAGGCCCACUUUAAACUCUGAAGUGAUUUUGAUGAUGGUGAUGAUGACAAUGAUGAUGAUAAUAAUGAUGAUUAUGAUGAUCAUGAUGAUUUUCUCUGUUAUUGUGCUCCGAGGCCUUAAAUCGGUAAAACUGGUUCGCAAUAAUGAUUAUCCAAACCAGAGUGGUAAUUGUACUUAAACAUGCAAGUAAAUAUCAAUCAGAUGUUCCAGAUAAACGUAGGCUUGUUGAGCAAGUAUAUCUAUUAAGACUAUAUCUGAUGUGGCUCGUAAAUUUACAAGAGAUCAAACUGUCUGACUCUUUCCCUGAAACAUUUGUUGUGCUUUUGUUUAAGGAUACAAUUGGUGUUCAUUAAAGAUGAAAACUACUCUGAAGUAGUAAAACGA